UAUAAAAUUAGUUUUAUUUGUUUGGGGAUACUUUGUUUAAAUGCUUUGGAUACUCAACCGUUUAGAGUACUCAAAGUGAUACAAUUAAAAUAGUAAUGCUAGAUAGACAACAAAAAUGAUUGUUAAUCCGUGAAACCACUCAAACAAUUAGAGUACACAAAUAGAAAAACCGAAGUGGUCUCUCUUUUACGUAUUUAUUUGAAGGAGCUGGUCGGUAUGGGGGAAUGAAUCGUGUUAGAGAGCCGUCCGCUCAAACGACAAAAAUGCUCUCAGACCAAUGCAUUUGUCGCCACUUUAUGGUUUCACAAACCGUCCUACUUCAUUAAGAUAUUACCUGAAUCCAAGGAGAUUGUUCUUUAGCCCAUAACAACAUCAUCUCUCUCUUUAUCCACACCAUAUAUAUGUAAGAAGAACAUGGAGACGAGUUCUUAAAUCUUCCAAGAACCUUACGGCAAUCUAUCUCUCACUUGUUAGUCCGCACGUACUUUUGAAACUUGUGGUUUUGAAUUAUUCUAUCUCAUUAGAAAAAAAAAAGAAAAGAUUCUUUUAUUGUGUAGUUUGUGUUUAUGCUCUUCCUCUUCUCUUCCAUCUGAGUCAACAUCAUCCUUUUCAUCUCCAUAAAGUUGUUCCUUUUAAUUAUUAUUUUCAUUAAAGGUUUUACAGUUCAUUUUCUGAAACUUAAAGAGUUUUGGUCACAUGGUUCUGAUCAGAAACAUAACUCCUACUCCACCAGGCCAUUAAAUUCCCUCUUUUGUCAUCAUCCCACGUCAGCUUUUCAAAUUCAAGAAAGCUUCAUUUUGUAUUUCAAGAUUCAUUCAUCAUUUUACAUAGAAAAUUUAAAAAAACAAUGGAGAGUGGUGGGUUUUAUCCAGAUUGGAAGGAUACUUCAUCUUCCUUGUUUGGAUCAGAGAACCUGGAGGAAGACAGAGUUCUCAGAGCUGAAGAGCUGUUCUCAUCUAUUCCUCAGCCUCAGACACCAAAAGAGCCAAUGGAGUUCCUGUCUAGAUCCUGGAGUCUCUCUACUUCUGAAAUAGCCAAAGCACUUGCACUCAAACAUAGACAACAACAACAACAACAACAAGAACAGUUCUGUGUUGCUCAAAACACUCAUCCUGUCUUGUUCCCUGAUGCUGCUGCUUCAGAUCCACUCGUGGCUGGGAAGAUAAUGAACUCGUUUGGCACACGCAAGGGAGGGACAUUGUCAAAAUGGUUUCACCACCACAAGGAACAUAACAGUAGCAGCAGCAGCAACACCAUCAACUAUCUCAAGAAGAAAGACAAGGUGCGCGUGGAGAACGCACACGUGCAUUCCGCAGUCUCUAUAGCCGCUCUGGCUGCAGGUGUAGCCUCUGUGACAUCUGCAAGCAACAGCAAAGGCUCAAGCUCCAAGAUGGCUCUGGCUUUGGCCUCAGCCACCGAGCUUUUAGCCUCACAUUGCGUUGAGAUGGCUGAGCGAGCAGGUGCUGACCGUGCGCGUGUUGCUUCUACGGUGCAGUCAUCUGUGGAUAUCCACAGCCCUGGUGAUCUCAUGACUCUUACAGCCGCUGCUGCAACAGCUUUGAGAGGAGAAGCGGCGCUGAAGGCGAGACAGCCAAAGGAAGCAAGGAAAAACGCAUCUAUUGCACCUUUUGAGAGAAGCUUCUCUGACUCUCAUUGGCCUUCAAAUAUUCAGUUUAGGUUGGAAGAACCAAAUCUUCCAUUAGAAGGAGAACUGAUGCAAUGCUCACGACAUGGAGCGCAACGAAGUAAGCGUGUCAGCGUCUAUUGCAACAAGAAGUCUCAGGUAAUGAUUAAACUGAAAAGCAAACAUGUAGGAGGAGCAUUCUCCAAGAAGAUCAAAACCGUUGUAUAUGGAGUAUGCGAUGAGAAAUCAGCUUGGCCAUACAAGAAAGAGAGGGAAAACAACUCAGAAGAAGUGUACUUUGGUAUGAAAACAGGACAAGGCCUGUUAGAGUUCAAGUGCAAGAACAAGAUUCACAAGCAGAGAUGGGUUGAUGGGGUACAGUGUCUUCUUCGCCAAGUAAACUGCUUUGAGGCUGCCAAGUGCUCUCUGGGAUCUCUGAGUCUCACUAGUAAAACGUGAUGCAGGAUCAUGUAUAUAUAUAUAUAUAUAUAUCUGAUUAUAUAUACAUAUUAAUGUCUCUCCACAUUUUUGCUGUUAUGAUGUAUUUGCAAAAAAAACUGGCAAUGUACAAUCUUUAGUGUUUUGUAACCUGAGAAGACUUUUGGAUAAAGAGCAAAAGGUUGUUCACAAUAAUGAACCAGUGCUAAAUC